AUGGACCAUCAAACUACAGAAAACUCUGAUCUGGUCAAGUUUCUGAAUAAGGAGAAGCAGAGGAGGGCUCCCUGGGAAAAAGGUUUCAUCUUGAAAGGGAUCGCAGUCAGGACUUUGAUGAGAGAAGAAAUGUCUUUCAAGCUUUGUGCAGGGAUCCAUCGAUACUCCCAACGACAUUGCCAGAAGCAUAACACAGGACGUACUGCUCCAUCACAGCUGCCAGUGCUCAGGUACAAUGGGCCUUAUGGAUACAGAAGGAAUGAGCCAACACUCAGACACCAUUCACUAAGGUUACAUUGUCUUUUUUACAAAUCCCUAGGAGGAAAAGAGAAGGUUAGAGAGGACGCCAAAACAUCGGAGUACCUCGAUAUUGAAAAUUACAGCCUUAUUAAAGAACUAGGAGAAGGCAACUUCGGCAAGGUGGUGUUGGCAUCGUUUAAAAUCAAGAACCAACUAACUGCAAUCAAGAUCAUUGAGAAGCAGCGGGAGGAAGAUUUUGAAUAUGUCAGACGAGAGGCAUCGGUUCUCCAGAUUGCUAGCAGAUGCCCAUUUCUAUGCCGGGCAAUGGCAACAUUCCAAACUAAGUCACUAAUCCUGCUAGCCCUGGAGUACGUCAAUGGCGGAACACUGGAGAACAUCAUCGAGGACCGAGGACGUCUGAGUAACAAGCAAGUGCUGUUUUAUGCCUCAGAAUUAGUGGUGGGUAUUCAGUUCCUGCACGAGAACGGGAUCGUUCAUCGUGACCUCAAACCAGAGAACAUAUUGGUGGAUGAACAGGGCCAUGUGAAGAUCGGUGAUUUUGGCCUUGUCUGCACCGGUAUGUAUGGAGUAAACACACAGUGCGGCUAUUAUGGAACACCAGGAUACACGGCACCACAGGUUUUAUUAGAGGAGCCAUACGACGCCGGAGCUGACUGGUGGUCUUUCGGAGUCAUCUUGUACGAAAUGGCCACCAAUAGGUUACCAUUCUCACCGAAGGGAAACUUGAGACAACAGGUAGAAAGCGUCAUCAACAGAGAGCCUGAAUAUCCAGACUCCCUUUCUACCAAACUGCGUGACCUCAUAAAACAGCUCUUGAAGAAGAAGGCCAACCAACGCCUUGGGGUGAAUGGCAACAUCCGGGAUCACCCAUUUUUCUCAACCGUCGAUUGGUCAAAUGUGGAGAAAAGAACAUUGAAGCCUCCUAUAAAACCAAGUCAUGAAUCAGCCACGGGGUUCAACAGGAAAUACAUCUCAUUCCCGAAAGAGGACCCCAGCGAGACCCGUAUGCUCAAGGGGUUCGAUUAUGUGGACCCGAGCUGGCUGGAGUAAUGAGUAGCUGUGCCGUCGGCAAGAGUCAUCCCAUCCAAGUACCGUGCAACAUUCCACCAGAACACCACUAGCACCUCCACUGCUUCAUCCUGCAUAUCUGGUAAUGUAUGACAUUCUGAGAACAGCAAAGGUGAGCAAAUAAUGUUAAUUACCAUCUUACUGUCCUGCUCUACCUUACAAUUACAACACCAGAAAAGGUACUCCUCCCAAAAUGCACCAUCUUGCAGGUUAGUAGCACUGUGACCAACAUCACCGCAGAAAGCGCUUACAGCUGCAUUUAAUAUCCCCAAGUGCUUUCUAUGCCAUUACCAACUUAUGCAGCUUUUUUUAUGUUUACAGUA